CCGAAGCGCAAACAAAUUCGCCAGAUUCUCUCACAUCGCGAAAAUAACACGCAAAAAGCUGAACUCGUCCGCUCACAAGAAAAAGGGGAAAGAAGCCGGCGCUUUGUUUCCGAUCUCAAAUCUCUUCUUCUUCUUACCUCCAGUGGUUCUAGUCGUAAUUUGCGAUCCAUGGUGGGGGCAUCGGAGGAAUCAAGACUGAACUGCCUCGAGAUCCAGGUGGACAAUGGCGGCGGCGGCGCUUGGGAGUACCUCUGCCUCGUCCGCAAGCUCAAAGCUCGGAGAUCUGAUAAGGUCCUCAAGCACGGGCUCUCCAUCUUGAACGAUCACCGAGCUCGAUCUAAGCUCGGCGGUGAAGAGUGGACUCUUUAUGAGCAAGUAGCUAUUGCUGCCAUGGAUUGUCAGAGGGUUGAUAUUGCAAAGGAUUGCAUAGCAGAACUCAGAAAGCAAUUUCCUGGUAGCAUGAGAGUUGGCAGAUUGGAGGGAAUGCUGCUUGAAGUAAAGGGAGCAUGGCCUGAGGCAGAGAAGGCUUAUCAACGUCUCCUAGAGGACAAUCCACUCGAUCAGGUUAUACACAAGAGGAAGGUUGCCAUGGCAAAGGCACAGGGAAACGCUUCUGUUGUUGUUGAAUAUCUUAGAAAAUACCUGGAAAUAUUUAUGGCUGAUCACGAUGCCUGGAGAGAACUAGCUGAAAUUUAUGUUUCCCUUCAAAUGUAUAAGCAAGCAGCAUUCUGUUAUGAAGAGCUAAUAUUAUGUCAGCCAUUGGUUCCUCCGUAUCACUUAGCCUAUGCAGAGGUGUUAUAUACAAUGGGUGGUUUGGAGAACCUCCAAACAGCCAAGAUGUACUAUGCCUCUACCAUCAACUUGACCGGCGGCAAGAACACUAGAGCUCUCUAUGGAGUAUGCUUGUGUAUUGCUGCCAUCAAUCAGCUUUCUAAGGGGCGAAACAAGGAAGAGGAGAGCUCAGAGUUGCAAACCCUAGCUGCUGAAUCUUUGGUCAAGGAUUACAAGCUGCGGGCACCAGUGAAACUUCCUCUUCUUACAGCGGCAUUGAGGAAUGUGAAGCUCGUUUCCUGAAUACUACCUUUUGUGAUAUUUUUUUUUCCAAGAUGCAUUGUUUUCUUUGUAGAAUUUGAAGGAACUUGCCAUAGAUACUCAAUAUCACUUUGGCCGUCAGGGUUUUCAGGGUUUUUUAUUUUUAGCGUGUGCUUUGUAUUAAUUACCGCUAUUGAGUUAUAUAUGAUGAACGCAUGAUUGACGAUACAUCUUUA